AUGAACACGCUGUUUCGCUUCUGGUCGUUUUUCUUGAGAGAUCACUUCAACCGAAAGAUGUACGAGGAGUUCAGACAACUGGUGGUGGAGGACGGGAAGGAGGGCUACAGGUACGGACUGGAAUGUCUCUUCAGAUACUACAGCUACGGACUGGAGAAGAAGUUCAGACCCGACAUCUUCAGGGACUUCCAGGAGGAGACCAUGAAGGACUAUGAAGCCGGUCAGCUCUAUGGACUGGAGAAGUUCUGGGCCUUUUUGAAAUACUCCAAACAAGUGAAAACUCUGGAGGUCGAUGCAAAGCUGCAGGAAUAUCUGAGCAAGUUCAAACGCCUCGAGGACUUCAGGAUCGACCCGCCGAUGGAGGACGGCGGCCGCAGACGUCACUCAUCCAGCGGCGACUCGAGACGAAGACAUCCAUCACAGACCGGGACCGGACGACCGCCAAGCCAGGCCAGCGCCACGCCAAGCCCCGCCCCUCCCACUGACCCCGCCCCCAAUUAA